AUGGUUCAUCCAGGCAAGACCAGGAGCACCCAUCACACGGUCAGAUUCACAGGAGACGAGAUGCCGAAGUAUAAGCCUAUUGUUAGCGACUCCACGGACUCACCCAACUAUGUGAGCUCACAAUCAUACCCUGGGCAGGACUCUGGAGCUCCCAGUCCAGAGGCCUUCAGUUUCCAGCCAGCUGCCCAGAGAUAUCGGCAUAAUGAACAACGAAUCAAACUAUUGACUUCGAUCAACCAGAUUGUGCAACAGCGGGCUGAUCUAGAAGCGAAUCGGGUUACUCUUUCAAAUCUUCUGGAUGAAUUAAGAAGAAAGUUGAAGAGAAGAAUCGAUGAAUGCCAUUUGGAGAAGAAAGAACGGAUGAAAGCUCUAAAACAGGCUAACCAAAGGCUUGAGAAGGAGAAAUUUAGCAUAGUAUCUGAGAUUGAACAUCUAAAGAGACAUUUGGAGAAGGAGGAGGCUCAUCAUCUGCAGCAUGCUAGGAGUGCUGUCGCUCAGGCUGACAACAAAUUGGCUGCAGCUCGUCUGAUGAGGGACAUCGCAGAAUUGAGACAACGAGUCGCUCAAGUUGAGGCACGACUUGCUAACGAACUAAAGCGUAAAAGGCAAGCUGAACUGGACAUCAUACGUCUUCGGAAGGAGUUGUCUAGCACCAAGAGUUUCGUGGCCUCCCUGAGGAUGCCACCUCCACCACUUCGGAAGCAAUGCUCAAAAUUCGCGUAG